UGGGCGUUAUAGUGUGCUUCUCUUCGUGUUUGUCUGAAAAAAGAGUCUAUCUGUAAGCGAAAGAUAAGGUCUCAGCAGCAACUCAUCCGUUCUUCUGUGUGUCAGUUGGGAGUAUUUGUAUUGCUGUAUUUUCUCCACCUUGGGAAUGAGAAGUCAUAAUGUGGUUCUUCAGAUGGUUCUUCUGAGCUUCACUUCUGGAAAUACCUACAGUUAGAGAAGAUCUGAUCGAAAACCAGCAGAUCAGACUAUCAUCAUACAAUCGUUAGACCAGAAUCAGACCAAAGACCACCUGGCCAUCUAACCAAAUCUGCAGGGGUUGUUCCUUCACCUGGACACACUUUCACUCCACGUGGAUUGUGUUUAAUUCAUCUCCCUAUACCUGAGAUCCACCUGCCACGACGGCCAGACCUACGAUGGUGCACAGUCGGGUGGAGUCGGCGUCGGCGUCAUCUGUGGCGGUGGCAGGGGGUGGUGGCACUCCCACAAGGGCGUGCGCAGGCUGUGGGGGUCGGAUAGCAGACCGCUUUCUGCUGUUCUCUAUGGAACGCUACUGGCACACCCGCUGCCUCAAGUGCUCCUGCUGCCACGCUCAGUUGGGUGAAAUUGGCACCUCCUGCUACAGUAAGGGGGGAAUGAUCCUCUGCAAAAACGACUACAUCAGACUGUUCGGACACAGCGGUGCAUGCAGCGCCUGCGGACAGUCCAUUCCCGCCAGCGAGAUGGUGAUGAGGGCGCAGGGCAACGUGUACCAUCUCAAGUGCUUUGCAUGCGCCACCUGCAGAAACCGUCUGGUACCGGGCGACCGCUUCCACUACGUCAACGGCACCAUCUUCUGCGAACAGGACCGGCCAGGCAGCGCGUUGCUCAGCAGUCACCUGACCCCUCUCCCUGACCAGAAGGUCUGCUGAAGGGAUAGGAGUGAAACCCCCACCCCCCUUCACCUGUAUCUUCACCCCCCUCUCUGGAAACGUCCAAAGGACUGGUAACGUGACCAUUCCACAUCGCCAUAAUAGUGACCUUGUGCAAUCAGGGUAAUAAGUUGUUCCUAAGCUGGACUUCUGCAGGAAAAGCAUCAGCUGAAGAGAGAGGAAGGAUUUAUGGAAACCUGUUAAUAUUUUUAAACGUGUGCAUACAUGGACACAACAAACAGCGAAGUAGACAAUGUAUGAUGGUGAUGGAGCAGCAACCAAACUAAAGGUUCCCCUCACUGAGGUGACUUGCUCUUGCGUCCCGUGGGAGAAGCGUAUUGUUCCUGCGUAGCAGAGGAUUGUUGGAAGAGAUGGAGACUGCGGACCAAUGAGAGACCGCAUCUUCGAGAACCGGUCGCAGAGUUGUCUCCGUCGGUCAUACGUGGGUCGAACACUUCCUGGGAGAAGCACAAACCUCAGUGUUGUUCUUUCUCACGUUUUCUAUCCAGCCACAGCAGAACAGCAUCAUUCUGCAAAGGAAAAGGACUUGAUGGUAUGCAGAAUUCCUGUAUUUUUUUUUCUUUAUUACUGUUUGGUCCUUUUGUUUUACCAAAAAUUAUACAUGUUAUUUAAAACACCCAUGUUGUUUUUGGCAAGAUGGUCUUUAUUUGCCUCUAUCUGGCAAUUGUUAUUAAAUAAAACAGAAAUGUACUUGAAUAGGAGAAACUAGUCGCAAAUCUUAUGGCCUGUUCUGUACAUUUCCAGGAGAUUGUUCUCGUUGAUGAUGGAUGGCAAAGAAAUAGCUCUACCAUGUCUUAAAAUUGGUUUUAUAGGUUUUAGUAGAAAGAUGGAGACAAACCUCAUGGAAGAAAAAAGUUUGA